UUUGCGCCAUGGCCCAUAUUGAUGACGGUUUUUGUUUACGGUAUUUAUUUUCUGAUUUGUUCAGAUCGUCGACAAUGCAGUAAUGUACUUAACUGAACUGCGUAAUGUUUUUCUCUAUACUUUACCUACCGUGUUGCUGUUGAUGACAUGAUGUAAUUGCUGAGUUUACUGUAAACUGCGCUCAAGUGACGUCAGGGUUGAUAGAAGCGAAUUGUGCUUCCAGCUGUUGUGAUGUUCAAGAGGGAUGUGUGGCGCUACGGCGCCGUGGACGUGCGCGACAGCAGCGGCCUGGUCCGUCACGGGUUAAUCCGCGAUCUGAGCCACCGCGGCCACUUCCUCGUCGACUUCGACUGCCCCCAGCAACACCGCGUCACCGUCCCCAUCUCCCAGUGUCUGGCGUGGCGGCGGCGGCGCGGGGGCUGGGCGGUGGGGGCGCCCAUGCUCACCCUCCUGCGCAGCGCCCCCGACCAGCCCUGGCAGUGGUUCCCCGCCACCAUGCUGGCCUACAGCAGCAGCGACAACGGCUACGCCUUCGUGGAGGUGGACGUGGCCGAGGGCGACAAGCGCCAGGAGGUGGUCUGUCUGGAUCGUGUCAAGCACGCGCCCCCGGGGGCCGACUGGGGCGAGCUGCGCCGCAAGGAGCAGCACGCCACGCACCGCGGAUCGCCCUGUGUUAAUCGCUACAGCGACAAGUUCCCCUUCGAGCCCGACCUCCGCUACUGGAAGUACCGGGUGUCCUUGCCUCUGGAGGCGGGUUUGCGGCAGCUAGCGGGACGGGGGGAGUUCAGGGAGUGGUGGGGGGAUGCCACGCGGACGAUCCUGCUGCGGGUGAAGAACGGCAGGCUGACGUAUCUCUCCAGCACGAAGGGGGCCAUGACGAAGGCCGACUGCGCAGCAUUUCUGCAGCGCAUCGCACAUUCCUUGACGCGGGUGGCCGACCAGGAUGGCAGCAAGGGACUUUUCCGUCUCGCUUCCGGUCCGACUGAACACUCGAAGGCGGCGAUGAGCGAUAAGGAGGCCUUUGUGAUGCCGUGGGAGAGUGUUCCCUACGAGCUGAUCGUGGACAUCUUCACCUGUCUGGACGUGGACGAGCGCAUCGCCUGCCGUCUCGUGUGCGCCCACUGGAACGCCGUCAUCGAGGAACUGCCCACGAGCACCGUCUGCAUCUGCCCGGCCAAGCACCGCGAGGAAAAGUUGGCCCUGGCCCUGCACCGGACCGUCGGCGCCGACACCAAGAUCCUGGUGAUCACGCGCGCGCACCACGACAACGAAGUGCAGGACUGCUUCCUCCACACCGUCAUCAGCUUGUUGGCCGUCAAGGGCAUCAGUGUCCCGCUGAUCGUGCUGGCGCAGACGACGCUGAUGGUCAGCAAUCUGUGGCGCGAUCCCGGCUGGCUGAAGGCGCCGCUGAACUGGUCCAGUGUGUGUCGGCGUUUUAUUAUGUUGAGCGUGGAGGUGCGGGUGGUGCGUCGGUGGGGCAGCGUCGAGGACAGACGCCGGCAGAUGCUGGGGUUGAUGCAGACGCAUUACGGGCUGGAGAAGUACGAGUGGCAGCUACGGGAACCCGAUAGUCUCCUCGUUCUGCGGGUUAAGAAGAGCGAUCUAGUAAGCAGUAAUAUACAAUCAAAUGUCUGCUGAGCAUUUAUAUUAUACGAUUUUUCCUUAACGGGGGUCGUCGGUGCAGUAUUUUUCUGAGAAUCUCCUCAUAAUUUAUUUAUAAUGCGAAAAUAUCGCUGGUAGUUUCUGGCUUCGUCGCUGUUGUUAAAGAGUAUUGAUUUUUGUUUCGUGUUAAUGGAUUAUUUAUGCCGCUAUCAUAUUUACAUCAAGAGAUUUUUACUUUCAUUUUCUUUCCAAAUUGAGUAGAUUUAUUUAUUUAGCUGCCACUUCUCGUAGAAAAACAACAAUCAUCGCU